AGCCGCUCCGGGUGACCAGGCAGGGGAUACGAGCUGCUUGUGUGUGUGUGUGCGACUUCGAAAGGACUGGGAUCAAAACCUCCUUACCAUCAAUGCCAAGUCCCACACAACGCCUGCCUGCCUGCCUGCUGCUGCCUUCCCCUGUGGGGUAAAUCCAUUCAGAUGAGAGAUCCGCCGGGGAUCGAGCCUCACUAGAUGUCCCAAUGCCUUACGGUAACGGUGAGUCGGGUGGACACCCCAUGUACAAUCUCAGCAGGCAAAUGGACAGCUCCAACUCCUCACUCCACAGCAUCAGUGGCCACCGAAGCUCCUCAAUGUUUUUGGAAGUGAACGAAGACACGGGUGAUGCUCGCUACUCUCCAGUUUCACUCCAGCAAGAGGUUAAUAAUGGAUCAGGAGUACCAACCAGUCCUGAGGCGGACAAAACUCACUCCACCUUCCAGGUCAACAAUCCCCCCAUGGCAGGCUCGGAGACUAAUAGAAACAAUGGGUCGGUUUGUUUUUACCGACCUUACCUGACUAAGACUAGCCUGCAGGGAGACGUAUACAACUUCUUGGAAAGGCCCAGCGGAUGGAAGUGCUUCACGUAUCAUUUCACCGUGUUCCUGAUGGUGUUGAUUUGUUUGAUCUUCAGUGUACUAUCUACGAUAGAGUACUAUGCUGAUUUUGCCACCGGAACACUCUUUUGGAUGGAAAUUGUACUUGUGGUGUUUUUUGGUGUAGAAUAUAUGGUACGGCUGUGGUCUGCAGGCUGCAGAAGUAAAUACAUUGGCAUCAAAGGGAGGAUUCGGUUUGCCAGAAAACCAAUUUCAAUUAUAGAUCUGAUUGUAGUGAUUGCGUCUAUUAUAGUACUCAGUGUUGGAUCAAAUGGCCAGGUGUUUGCCACAUCAGCUAUCAGGGGAAUUCGUUUCCUCCAGAUCCUUCGGAUGCUGCAUGUAGAUCGUCAAGGUGGCACUUGGAGACUUCUCGGAUCAGUUGUUUUCAUUCAUCGGCAGGAACUUAUAACAACACUGUACAUUGGAUUUCUGGGACUUAUCUUUUCUUCCUACUUUGUGUAUCUGGCUGAGAAAGAUGCAGUUGAUCAGGACGGUAAAACUGGCUUUGGAAGUUACGCUGAUGCCUUGUGGUGGGGUGUGGUAACAGUUACAACAAUUGGAUAUGGUGACAAAGUUCCACAGACGUGGAUUGGAAAGACAAUAGCAUCUUGUUUCUCUGUGUUUGCUAUAUCAUUCUUUGCACUUCCAGCAGGUAUCCUAGGAUCUGGAUUUGCUCUUAAGGUCCAACAGAAACAACGUCAAAAGCACUUCAGUAGACAAAUUCCUGCUGCUGCUUCCCUCAUUCAGACCCUAUGGAGAUGCUAUGCCGCAGAGAAAUCCCAUAGCUCCACAGCUACAUGGAAGAUAUAUGUGAUGUCUCCUAAUCAUUACAGCAAAACCUCAGCAGCGCCAUCCAGUCCAAAUGUGAGAAAACAGCAAAAAAGAUACAAAAAAAAUGCAAGCCAGGACGUGAUAAUGGGGGAGCAAUCGUGAUGAACUGGAGAGAACGCACUCUCAGUUCCACAGAUAACUUAUGACCACAUUGAUGAAAAGGAAGACAAGAAGGAAAUUACCUACUUUAUUGAUGAGCCAGCAGGUCUUGCAAGGAUGUUUAGACAAUCGGUGAGGAAACGUGCCAUUGAAGGGAACCCAAAUGACAUUUCACGGACCAACAGCUUCGCUGAUGAGAUGGAUUUGAUGGGUGACGAAUCACCGCUGCCCAUAGUGACAGAUGUAUCGCAACUGACGGAAGCGCACAGAGCAGCUGUAAAAGUCAUUAGACGUAUGCAGUAUUUUGUAGCCAGGAGAAAAUUUCAGCAAGCUCGAAAGCCUUACGAUGUGCGAGAUGUUAUCGAGCAAUACUCUCAAGGUCACCUGAACAUGAUGGUACGGAUCAAGGAACUGCAAAGAAGAUUGGACAAUUCCCUAGGAAAGCCUGCGCUAUUUCUUUCAGAAAAGGGUCUAGACAAGGGUUACUACACCGUGGGAGCCAGACUGAUCCGAUUGGAGGAUAAGAGAAACUCCUUUAUUCUCUCCUCAAUUUCCCCCAACCCAAUGACGUGGCUGAAGCUGAGAAGGUCAGUUCACACUUUACCAUGUUAUUCUAAACAGAGUCUCUCAAUGAAGCCUGAAAAGAAAGCACACAGUACACUACCAUUCAGUUUGGCUGCAGAGCAGUUCAAAUAUUUCCCCAGAAUGAGCCGAAACAUUUUUCAGGGGAAAGAUUGUUGUACCUCCAAGCAGAAGCUAAUCGAUGGCCAGCUAUUAAAUUCAAGAAAUGAAGGAAUAAGAAGGGACAAGCAGCUGAAGGUCACACAGAUGGAGCAAAAGCUAGAGGACAUCCUGAGCAUCCUGAAAGAUCAGCUUGCCACACAACAGCUGCCACAGCCUUCAGGGUCUUCAUCACCAACCACCAAACGCCUCAACUCCACCUCUGAGGCACCAAAAGAAAGCCCAAAAGAAUAA